CAGGCGGUGAUUGGCUGAGAGCCGAGGCGCACGUGCUCCUGCUCUACGCCUGCUGCCCGAGACUUCAGAGCCUCACAACAAGCUCGAGCCGCCUCAGCCACGGUGUCCGGAGAGCCGCGGUCCCGCACGAGUCCCGUCCGACCGAGCAAACGACUCCCAGGAACCGGCGCGAGCAGCAGCGAUGAGGAGGCACGUGCGCGUGGCCGCCUGGCUCCAACUUUUCACGGCGUGCCUGGUGUUCGGAGGGGACGGUGAUUACUGUGAGGUGAAUGUGUGCAGUAACGGCGGAACAUGCGUGAAUGGACUUGGAGAUAAAUUCAUCUGUAUCUGCCUCGAUGGAUUCUCUGGAGAAACCUGCAACGACACUGAGACAGGGCCCUGUUUCCCCAACCCCUGCAAGAAUGACGCCAUCUGCGAGGUGACGGGCCAAACCCGCCGAGGUGACGUCUUCAGUGAGUACGUCUGCAAGUGCCAGCCAGGCUUUGAAGGAGUUCACUGCCAGAACAGUGUCCAAGGCGCCGAUUUGAGUUCAAAUAAAGAUGUGAAUGACUGUGCUGCUCAGCCGUGCGAGAAUGGAGGCACCUGCAGGGACCUGGAUGGGGACUUUAAGUGCCACUGCCCGUCCCCCUACGUGGGCAAACACUGCCAACUGCGCUGCAUUUCUCUCCUCGGCAUGGAGGGAGGCGGCAUCUCUGAGUCCCAGAUCACGGCCUCGUCAGUCCGCUACAGUCUGCUGGGCCUGCAGCGCUGGGGACCGGAGCUCUCCCGCCUGCACAACAAGGGGCUGGUCAAUGCCUGGAGCGCUGCUGCUCAUGAUAGAAACCCAUGGAUCGAGAUCAACAUGAAGAGGAAGAUGCGCUUCACAGGCAUCGUUACUCAAGGUGCCAGUCGUAUGGGAACAGCGGAGUUCAUCAAGGCCUUCAAGGUGGCCUCCAGCCUGGACGGCAAGACGUACACCAUGUACAGAACAGAAGGACAGAGGAGAGACCAUAUAUUUGCGGGGAACAUGGACAACGACAGCACUAAGACCAACCUGUUCGACCCCCCAGUCAUCGCCCAGUACAUCCGCAUAAUCCCUGUGGUGUGUCGCAAGGCCUGCACCCUGCGCAUGGAGCUGGUUGGCUGUGAGCUCAACGUGUAUUCAAACACUUCAGGUUGCUCAGAGCCGAUGGGCAUGAAGUCCCGGCUGGUGUCGAACCGCCAGAUCACAGCCUCCAGCACCUUCCGCACCUGGGGCAUCGAGGCCUUCACCUGGCACCCCCACUACGCUCGGCUGGACAAACAGGGCAAGACCAACGCCUGGACGGCUGCCACCAACAACCGCUCUGAGUGGCUGCAGGUGGACCUGGAGUCUCCCAAGAAGAUCACAGGGAUCAUCACUCAAGGGGCAAAAGACUUUGGCAACAUCCAGUUCAUCACAGCCUUCAAAGUGGCCCACAGCGAUGACGGGAUGUCCUGGACCAUCGUGAAGGACGAGACCACGAGGAUCGACAAGAUCUUCCCAGGCAACAGCGACAACAACGUUCACAAAAACAACAUCUUCGAGCCGCCGUUCUACGCUCGAUACGUGCGCAUCCUGCCGUGGGAGUGGCACGAGCGCAUCACCCUGCGGAUGGAGCUCCUGGGCUGCGACGAGUAGCGCCUCCGUACCUGUCUCUGUUUCCUCCUCCUCUCUCUACCUCUCUACGUUCCCUCCCUCGUCUCCCCGCUGAGCUACACCUGCACUGCCUUGCUUUCAGCACCAGGGGGCAGUGCACCACUGCUCCAGCCCAGGCUGCUUAAAACGUUACCCCUAACCACUGACACCAAUCUACAGAUUUAGCCCCGUUCCCUUAACUUUACCACCACAACCAAACCUGCGAUCAUAAAUCACAAUUUAUCGACCCUUCUCUAGUUCUAAUUUUAACGUGAUUAGUCUUUGUCGUAAUCGGGGGUAACUGACUGCCGCUGUAGGAGUUACUGCUGCAUAGAUUGUGAUUCUAGACUCGCUCUGCCUGGAACAUUGAACCUCUAAGACCCACAGCUGAUGAUGUACAUAAGCUCCACCUCACGAGCUGCCCCCCUCUUGUAACCAAUACUUGCCAUUCCCCCAGGACACACGUUGAUAGAUACGUUGAUGCUUGAGGUUGAUUGUUUUCCUCACCCAAACUCAAAUCUUCUCCUAAUCUUUGUUAAAUUAGUGGAAUGUGCAGGUAACCUGUAAUUUGUUUGUUUACAGUAUUGAGCAUUUUCCUGCUUGCAGUUAAGUUUUGUAACAUUACAGUGAGCUUGAUUAGGAGCGUAAUACAGUAGUCACUUUGUUAAACAUGCAGGAGCUGAUGACAGAGGAGUGAACGUCCACCUAGUUCAGCUUUAACUGCGUCACAUGAAAUUCAGCCCGAGGCCGUGAUCCCAUUUGGCCAAAUCAGGGUAAAUCUUUGUGCCAACCCACAUUCACAUUUUUGUUCCUGUGGGUUUAUUUGUAAAACUAAGCUGCAACGCGAUGCUCUGCGUUUUUUGGACGUCAGACCCUCACAGUCUAACAGAUGGAAGAGAUCCCAACACUGACAGUUCGGUUGUAAUUAGUUCCUUGGACACAUCUGGACAGUUGUUGGUGUAUUCAUAUUGUUCCUGGCUGCUACAUCAGAUGUGUAUCAGAUUUCACGUAGUUUAAUUUCAAACAUUUCUAGAUUUAGUAUUUUGUUUCCUUAAUAGACUGUUCAAUCACAAUAUUAUGAGUAAAUAUCAAGUCUUAUGCGUAUUACUGGUGGUUAGCAUCAUAAUCUAGGAGACUAACUGUAGCUUUUGAUUGAUGUUAUUGUCUCAGGUUGCAGCAGAUCUGCUCCUAAUGUACAGUCAAAGCCACUGAAGCUCCACUAACCUGCUCACCCGCUAACCCGUUCACGCUGUUCCACUCUGACCUUUUUGUGUUAUAUAUAUUUGAAACAUUCAGAAAAUACAGAGCCCAGUGUUAUUCUUUAAAAAACAGUAAAUAUGCUCAUUGUUACAUGUAGAGGAGGACGGUGGAUUAACAGACGAGUUGUCAGAUUAAACAGCCGGUGCGUUAGUGACGCUCUGGGAUCGGUUCAUGUGACUGUAUGUGAUGUGAACCAUAUAUUGAGGGUCCAACAUUAUUUCUGCAGCUCAAAGCUGUGGCCCCACUGAUAAAAGUGUGAGAGCGAAACCGAAUCCAAAUAGAUUUUUACGCUUAGACUGGACGUGUGACACGGCACCGCCGUCGCCCCCUCACAGUAUUCUAAACCUUUCCACCCCAUGAAUUAUGAAUUAUGGGCUUGUGCAAUAUUAUACUGUGUUAGUUUUGAUGAUUAUUAAUUCAAGGUCCUUUAAAAAUGCAUGAGGGGAUAGUAGUGACACUCGAGGAUGGAUGUUGGUGUCAAACACUGUACAAUAUUUGUUAUUGUUGCAGAUGAGUCCCCUGUUUGUCUGUUCAUUUUCACAUCUGCAUGCAUUAUACCAACAAAGAUCAGAACUGAUUAGUGACAUAGCUUUUUUGUAACGUUCAUCAACAUUCAAUAUAUUGUAGCGACCUUGUUUCUUUGCUGUUCUGGUUUUCAGUGAUUAUAAAUUGGAUGUGAUUUAUGGUAUUAUAUGAGUUAAUUUCAUAGAAGUUUCACUGGAUUUGAAGCUUUUUUUUUUUACUCCACUGAUGUGUUUCUAAGAGGAUUACUUAAUAUUUCACCUUUGUAUCUUUGACUGAAGAAUAAAGAGUUGGGGGAAAAACGAA